AUGGACGUGGACAACGUUCAACAACAAUAUCAACACACAGUUGAUGUAAUAAAUAAUAAUUUAUCUCGUAAAAUCAAACCCAAUCAUUUGACAUGUGCAGUGAAAUUAUCAGAUAUUUUACCAAAUAAAUUAGAUAAAAAAUUGUAUCAUAUUGUGCAAAUACUGAAUAUCAAUUUUAACACUGAUUAUCGAGUAACAAAAGUUAGUUCUGCGAUUGAUUUUGUGUGCCGGCGUCAAGAUUACAAAGAAUUAUUUUCGUAUUCAAAUGUUGGUGAAAUGAUAAAAAAAUACCAUUCCGCACCACAUAUUGUCACCACACAAAUGUUUAUGUCAAGUUUUUACUUCCCAUAUCAUCGCGAAUAUUUGUAUGAUCAACAUUUUCCAUUGGAUUAA